AUGGUUGCCACAGCGGCUCAAAAGUUAUGUUUUUUCAAGCUCUUUCCUAUAAUAUUUCAUGAUAUAGUUGAUCUUUUACCUUCAUUUAUAGUGUAUAAAGUAUUACGAGAAAUACUUAACCUUACACUGUCAUAUCCAUUUCGAAAAAAAUGGCUACGUGUACUCGGUGAAUUAUGUGAUACUUUUCAUGAAACAAUGCCAAGUCAUUUUCCAGAUAAAAUAACACCAAAGGAACAUUUUAUUCGAGAAUACAAAUAUACGAUCAAUGAUUUUGGUCCAGCAGUUAGACAAUGGUGUUUUAGAUAUGAAGCUAAUCAUUCAUAUGUCAAGAAAAUAACAGUUCGAACGAACAAUUUCAAAAACAUUCCGAAGAUGCUUGUCACACGUUAUCAUUUAAAACAAUGUUUAACAUUUGGUCAUUUAUCUCGAUUACAAUCAACUCAAUAUCCAGUUGGAAUUAAAAAAGUUCGAAGUACUUGUUUUAAUUUACCAAUGAAAGAUAUUUUAUUGAAACAUUUCGAUCAUAUUGAUUUUGAUAAAGAUUUAUAUCAAUGCAAUACACUAAUUUAUGAUAAUGUUGAAUAUCGUCGAUGUGGAGUGUAUGUUAUAGAUUUAAAGCCAUCUCAUGAACAGCCAAUAUUUGCUCAAAUUACUAUGAUUAUAAAAAAGAAUGAAAAAUGGUGGUUAUUAGUUGAUAACCUUCAUACAAUUGGUUAUGAUGGAAAAUUAUCUGCAUGGCAAAUACAAUCUUUAAGUCAAUAUUCUUUGAUUGCUCCAAAUGAUUUAGUAUAUUAUCACAAAGAACUGGAUAUUUACCUGGUGAACAAUUUGAGUUUUGUUUCAUUUAUAUCACGUCUGACAUUACAUUAA